AUGGGACAAGGCAACAGCAAAGUAAGGACACUGGAUGUUGCAGUGAUUGGGAAAACUGGAAGUGGUAAAUCAACUUUCAUUAACACAUAUGCUGACCUUUCUGAACCGUAUAGCGUGAAAACGGACCUAAUUGAGGGAACGGAAGUAAUUACAUCAUACUAUAAGCAAAGAUUAGUACCUUAUCCACCAGCUGGUAACAACAGUACUCCAAUAACGUACACUGUGCGAAUUUGGGACUUUCCGGGGUUCGGAACGCACAAUUAUCCUGAAGACAAAUAUAUAAGGACCGUGAAGAAGCAAAAGUGUGACUUUUAUCUCUUACUGUCAAGGAGCCGUCCUUCUGGUUAUGAGAGGAAAAUUCAUAAUUACCUGGCAAAACAGGGCAAAAUAUAUUUCUACGUUAGAACGGGUAUUGACAGAGACAUAGUAAAUAGCAGGAGAGAUCAUCCACACAUGUCUGAGGAGGAGAUCAAACAGAGUAUCUUGGAUGAAAUCAAGAAAAAUGUGUCCACUGAACCCGAAAUAUAUUUGAUAAAUGCCAAGAAAAACGAUGAGUAUGAUUUCCCAAAACUAGAUAAAGAGCUGGUUCCUUACAUACUAGAGGCAAACGAGACGAAAAUAAGAUUUAAGACUAUAGGGGACACAACGUCGUCAUGCUCAAUACUGUGA